AACCACACGGCGCUUGUCUUAAGCGCUUGAUGCUCUUUCAUUAAAAUCGCCGCCUAUUUGUAUACAUCUUAAGCGAUUGUGCACGAAAUAUACCAGAGCCAACAGCAAUUCGAUCUUGUUUGCUUCCGGUCUUUUUUCCCUGUUGGUUGCGCCAGAUAAUUCGAUUACUCCAUACCUUCAUACAACCCCAUCUCUGAUCUCAUCUUCUUAUCCUACCUGAUAGCCGCCAACUUUACCGCAUCUAGAUCUUAUUAAGAAUCCUAACACACGACAAGUCUUUUCCCUAGCGAUCCAUUUUCUACCGACCGCCAAUAUCCUAAGAAUCAAUCCUAGGCCGCUAUCUUACUGUGCCUCGAGAAAAUAUGGCGUCUGGACAUAAUGAUCCGAGGUUACUAUAUGCUAUUCAAGGAGUCUCAGCUUACCACCUUGCCUAUGGGAAGGAAGAGCCCCUGACACCUGCUGGACCACAGACAUUGUCACUGUUGAUGGUACCGACUUCAUCUCCCUUCGCCGAGCCAGUUUCCCCAGACGGACAAGAUGGACCGGCCGCUGAAGAUUUCUACCUCCAUCUCCACCUACCACCCGAAUUAGAUCUUCCCCUACCCGCGACUACUCAGAUCUACCAUCAACCGCCUAGGAGUUACCUCAUUCCGAGAUGGGAUCUUGGGCCCGAUAGCGGCGCCUUCACGCGCAUUGAAUUCCCUCCAGUUGGUAGUCGCAAAGGACUCCAAGAGGAUAUAGACACUUUCGAAACGAUCCUAGCGCAAUGUACCGCGUUUCUCGAAAGAGCGCCGCCGCCAAAGGCCGCAAGAAGAGAAAAGGAGAAAGAGAAGUCAUCACCAACGCCGCCAACUUCUACCAGAACAUCGCCAAAAAUGUCCAAGUCUAAAGCUGAAGCUUCGGAACAACUUGCAGCGUAUAAUCCAGCUUCAUACAAACCUGGCGAAGGCUACGUAAAGGGUAGCCAAAGCGCUCAUCCAAAUGGUCAGAUCGUACUAAUAGACGAAGAAGAUGGCAGUGUUAUAGGAGAACUAUCGGAUGGGUUCCAAAUCGUCGAGUCCGGCGUGAAGCCAGGCUCUAAAGAUCCUGUUGAGAUCACUCUUCCGGAAGAAGGCACAAAUAAGCUCGCUGUAGUCCCCGCGUCGCCAGAGACAUUAGAAAUGGAACUGCACCCGGCCUACAAAAAGUCGUUCCUCGUAUCAAAAGCAGCGUACGCAUCUCGGUUGAUUAUAACUACCUCGGAUCUUGUCACCAAUGCGAUGCAAAGCGGCUCGGACACGUUUGUUAAAAAAACGAAACCCAAUAGCAAAGCUGUGACGUUCACACCCGCAACACAUGAGCGAGUCCGCCGGAUAGGUACGUUUUCGGGCGGUGUAGCCGAGUUGUCGUCCAAAACGGUUGGGCAGGUGACCAGGUUAGCCCAGAAUGUAGGAGCUACAGUCGCAGGGCGCGGUACUAGAGAAAGCAAAAGGGGUUUCGGCCCGGACGGCAAGCCACUCGAGUCUUUCAAGCCCGGUCUGCUGAACAAGAGUCUAAUGGCUUUUACGACUGUCGCGGAUGGAAUUGACCAUGCAACGCGCAAUCUCUUAACUUCAGCAUCCUCAUCCGCAACAAGUAUAGUUGCUCACAAAUGGGGACCCGAAGCUGGAGAGCUAUCGAAGCACCUUGGCGGGAGUGUCAAAAACGUCGGUUUGGUAUAUAUCGAUGUCACAGGAGUCUCUCGAAAGGCUAUUAUAAAAGCCGUCGGGAAGGGUAUGGUAGUUGGAAAGGUGAAAGGGGGAGGCGAAAUCAUCGUAGGGGAUGAUACUAGUAGUGAAAUGGCAGUAAAGAGGUCUGACAGCUCGAAGACGAAUUUAGUUUCGGAUUCAGCAAGCAUUCAGAGCGCAUCAAAUGGUAAGGCAUCGAAACGGUAACUACCUCAUACCUCAUACCUCAUAUAGAGAAAAACAGUUGGAUUAAACCUUGGGUAUAGUAAUAUUAUGAUACUUACCUGGGAGGUAGGUAGGUACUUAAGGUAUCUAAUAAGACGAGGGUUCGAUAAAACAAAAAAUAAAGAUAAUACCUAAGGCAA